AUGAUUCAGACGGCUUUGAUAGGCUUGCUAAACACUCAUGCGAGUCUCAAGCCUGCUCAAGUCACGGUCUGCGGCGGCCGCACAAGGCUUGCCAGUGGGCCUGCCAGUAGUAGGUCAAUUUUGGACACUGGCUACUGCCAUACUGCAGCUGAACAUGUCACUACUUGGUUUAUAAUUCUCUCAUUCUCAUUCUCACUUGUCCUCAUUUCCAUGCUUGUCUCGUCCAUCUUCUCAUCUUCUUCCCUUCUCCUGCGCUCAUCCAUCAUCCGUAUUCCUCUGAGCCAUGACUAUUGGGAGCUGGAGGGCAAUUUUUCAGCAAAGAAGGUUCACCCUGGUGAUCUCAAGACAGCCGCUGCAAACGAGGCAAUGGGUGGUUUGUUCGUCCAUCAUCUACUAUGUUUGCCUGAACCAUGCCAGCAGUUGCUGACGUGUGCUGGGUGUUUGCGCAUGAUAUUUGUGGUGUUGGGAAUGGCCGCUGCAGCAGCAUGGUGGGGCGAAUUUGGUGGUCCUCCAAGUCAUUACAACUUGAAGGACUAUCAGGAGCUGGAGGACAAUUUUUCAGCGAAGAAGGCUCACCCUGACUUUGUGGUUCUGGACAAUUACUACUACAUUGUUAAUCAUCUCCAUCACCAUGACCAAAUGAUAGACCUUAUAUGGCACAAACUCUUUUCUCAUCAAGUAUCGGCACUCGCAGACGAGCAGAAGAUCGCAUUGCGGGUAGUUGUGUGCGUUUCGCCAACCGUAUUACCUCGGUCGGAAGCAGGAUACUAUGAGAGAACAAAUCACUGA